AUGGCGGAGAGCAGCCCCGUAAGCGAUAGCAGCGCGCCUUUACUCUCUGACGACGAUCCUAAUGUCGCGAGCGGUCGCAGGCGACAUCGCGUGCUGAUGGUGUGCGACUUCUUCUUCCCCAACUUCGGCGGCGUGGAGAGCCACAUCUACCUGCUCGCGCAGUGCCUGCUGCAGCGCGGCCACAAGGUGGUGGUGCUGACUCACGAGUACGGCGACCGCGUGGGCGUGCGCUACCUCACCAACGGCCUCAAGGUCUACUACGCGCCGCGCCGCCCCGUCUGGCUGCAGGUGAGAGGCGUGUGGCUGCAGGUGAGAGGCGUGUGGCUGCAGGUGAGAGGCGUGUGGCUGCAGGUGAGAGGCGUGUGGCUGCAGGUGAGAGGCGUGUGGCUGCAGGCCACGCCCCCCUCGCCGCUCCCCUGUCUGUCGCUACCUCUGUUCCGCGCGAUAGUGGAGCGCGAGCGCAUUGCCAUCGUGCAUGCGCACCAGAGCUUCGCCCCCAUGUGCCACGAUGCCCUCCUGCACGCCCCCACGCUGGGCCGCCGUGCUGUCUUCACCGACCACUCGCUGUGUGGCUUCGCUGACGCUGCCAGCAUCCACAUGAACAAGGUGCCAAAUAGGGGUGAGAGAGGAGGGGGAGCGGCAGGGGGGGAUGGAGAAGGUGGUGGUGAGAAGAGCGGCGGUGCAGAGCAUGGGCGCGCUGGCGUGGCGUGCAGGGCUGCACGCGGUGAGGUGGCAUCGGGAGCAGAGGGCGGGGCAGAGGGGGCAGUGGGCCGCAGAGAGGCAGUGGGGGCUCGGGGGAGAGAGGAAGAGGCAGACAUGGAGGGCCGGGCAAGGGCAGUGGCGAGCGGCAGACAAGUGGCGGAGGCUGCAGCAGCAGCAGCAAGCACAGUGCCAUCCACACCACACCUGGCAGCGAGUGAGGUGGCGGGGAGGGAGGGGGCGGCAGGAGCAGGAGGGCACAGCAGCAUGGCGGUGGAGGCAGGGCGGCACGUGGCAGGCAGCACGGGGAGUGGCGUGCAGGCGAGAGGGGAGGGGGAGGGGGCGGAGAUGGAGGUGGUGAUAGUGGUGAUCAGUCGCCUCGUGUACCGCAAGGGCGCUGACCUGCUCGUUGAUGUCAUCCCCGCCGUCUGCCACCGCUUCCCCAAGGUGCGGUGGAUAAUAGGCGGGGACGGCGCCAAGAGGGGGCGGUUGGAGGAGAUGAGGGACCGCCACGGGCUGCACCACCGCGUCACCAUGCUGGGCGCCGUGCCGCACUCCCAAGUGCGCGACGUGCUCAUCCAGGGCCACAUCUUCCUCAACAGCUCGCUGACGGAGGCGUUCUGCAUCGCCAUCCUGGAGGCCGCCUGCUGUGGCCUCUUCGUUGUCGCCACUCGUGUUGGCGGCGUGCCCGAGGUGCUGCCCCCGGACAUGAUGCUGCUGGCGGACCCCAACCCGCCUGACAUCGUCCACGCCAUCGCCCAGGCCAUUCAGAUCGUGCCACGUGUCAACCCGCAGGCCAUGCACGAGCGGGUGUGUGUGUCCUCAGAGCGUUGCUCGCCGCGCUGUGUGUGA